UGCUGAAAAUAUUUUCACGAGGUGUAGUUUGCCCUAGCUGUGAACGUAAUAAUGAUGACUGAUUGCUGAAAUUCGCUGUGAAGCUAGAAGCAGCACACAAAGAAAAAAUGUUCCGCAGCAGAAGCUGGUUCGGAGGGGGCUGGAACCGUCCGAAGAAUCGCCUCUCGCUGGACCACCUCAAGUAUCUGUACAGUGUGCUGGAGCGCAACACGACCGUGUCGGAGAACAACCGCGGCCUGCUGGUCGAGAGCCUCCGGUCCAUCGCGGAAAUACUGAUCUGGGGCGACCAGAAUGACUCUUCCGUGUUUGACUUCUUUCUGGAAAAGAACAUGCUGUCCUACUUCCUGCACAUAAUGCGCCAGAAAAGUGGCGGAUCGAGCUUUGUCUGCGUCCAGCUGCUGCAGACGCUCAACAUUUUGUUUGAGAACAUUCGAAACGAAACGUCCCUCUAUUACCUCCUCAGUAACAACCUGGUCAACUCGAUUAUCGUCCAUAAAUUUGACUUUUCCGACGAAGAUGUGAUGGGAUAUUAUAUUCUGUUUUUGAAGACGCUCAGUCUGAAGCUGAACACGCACACGAUACACUUUUUCUACAAUGAACACACGAACGACUUCCCGCUCUAUACGGAGGCCAUCAAGUUCUUUAACCAUCCGGAGUCGAUGGUUCGGAUCGCGGUUCGCACGAUCACGCUGAAUGUGUACAAAGUUCAGAACCCGAACAUGCUCCAGUUUAUACGGGACAAAACGGCCGCGCCGUAUUUUAGCAACCUGGUCUGGUUCAUCGGGAAGCACAUUUUGGAACUGGACGCUUGCGUUCGUAACGAUACUGACCAUCAAUCGCAGCACCGUUUGGCGAACCUCGUAGCGGAGCAUCUCGACCACCUGCACUACCUGAACGAUAUCCUCUGUCUGGAUAUUCCCGACCUGAACGCGGUCCUGACCGAGCAUUUACUCCACAAACUGUUCGUCCCCCUGUACAUAUUCUCCCUCACCCCUUCGCCACCCAUCUCGAUGGCCGUCGUGACCCGGAACCUGGCCGCCGUCCUCAACAAGGUCGUCGACAUCGACAUCAAAGAGAUGAACAACCCGCGCGUGUCCAGCGUGGUAGCUCUGUUUCUCCUGUCGCUAGUGUUCCUCGUAAUCGCCCAUCGACCCCUGAUCAACGCCCUCACGUGGGUCAUUCUCAACGCGGAUCACACCGUCUUCAAGGAGGGAGCCGCCCAGGUCCUGAACGCGUACAUCGACAACCGCGAAGUGGUCGCGCUCGGCUUCGUCCAACCCGUCGAAAGUCUCGAGGAAGCACUGGAAAGCUCCGCGGCAUCAUCCAGCUCGUACAACUACGACCAAUCCGUGGACGAAGGCAACAGCAGCAGCAGCACGUCCACCAACAACGAACCGCCAGUGUCGGGUGAGUCGCCAAAAAAUCACAUCUACAACUCUCACUCAACCCGCAAUCUCCACCCAGAAUCGCCCAGCCCGCCAACGCUGUCGGACGAGAUCGAGAAGGUCAACAUCACCGACGAAGAGAAGGAGAAGCUGCUGCUGAACGCGUACCGCACGCCCGAAACCAACCGGCCCUUCCUGGACAUGGUCCUCUCGUCGCUGGACUGCACCGAGAACGACUAUCUGGCCCUGCUCGCGCUCUGCCUGCUGUACGCGUUGGCAAACAACAAAGGCGUCAACGCCGAGUGGUUGGAAAUCGUGCUGAGCCGAUCGUCGCCCACCGGAAGCUCCAAGUACAACGUCAUACUGAUCGAGAAGCUGCUGCAGGUCAUCGCGCUCUCCAGUCAGCCUUCAUGCCGCGUACGGCUGGUCACGAUGGAGCUGACGCUGAAGCUGCUCUCGCAGAUCUUCGGCGUUGGGACGACCAACGUGAGCAUCUGCGACCUGCACCGCAACCUGCUGUUUUCAGCGCGCAACCAAAGCAUGACGGUUCUGCGCAACUUUUACAAAUCCGAGGACAUCUUUCUGGACUUGUUUGAAGACGAGUACAACGAAAUGGUCAAGAGCUCGCUGAACGUGGAGUUCCUGUGCAACGAUUCGACGAUCCUGCUGCCGCCGACCGGGACGCCCCUCACCGGGAUCAGCUUCCCGCGGAGGUUACCGUGCGGCGAGGUGGAAAAGGCACGCCGGGCAAUUCGGGUGUUUUUCAUGCUGCGGCGGAUGUGCCAAAGCUUGACCGGCGAACGGGAGCUGCUGCUACCGCUGACGAACCCUAGCCAGUGCGUGCAGAUCGAGAAUGCGCUGGAUUUGAACAACAGUGACCUAAUAGCGUGCACCGUGGUCAUGAGAGACGGCGCCAAAUUCCGGCGCUUCCUCGUGAUGGACAUUCUCCAGCUAAUUCUAGUCGAACCGGACAGUAAACGGCUGGGAUGGGGCGUGGCAAAGUUUGUUGGCUUCCUGCAGGACGUCGAAGUCAACGGCGAUAAGGAAGACUCGCGAAGCCUUCACUUGACGAUCCAUCGCGGAGGAGCCACCAACAACCGCACGCCCAUUCUGUCCGCCAAGUUCAUGUUCGACGACCACAUCCGUUGUAUGGCGGCCAAGCAGCGACUCACCAAGGGCCGUAGCAAGGCACGUCAGAAGAAGAUGUUCCAGAUCGCACAGCUGUUGGAAAUUCCCGGCCAGCUCAGCGAUGCGACGUUUCCUUCCCUCGGGAACGCCCACGAUUCGAGGACGGCCUCGAUUCUGCGUCCCAACAGCGGGCGGCAGCCGCGAGAACAUCGACCACUGUUUUCCACCGCGAACCGCGUUCCAGGAGUGGCCGCCGCUCUACGACGCGAAAGCAUGCCCUCGGGAAGCGUCAGCCGGGUGCAGAUCAACUCCAGUCGCUCGAUCGAUGGCGACGCAACCGGAGCCCGGCGGAAAAGUUCCAACCCGGCGGCGCGCAGAGAAAGCAGCCAACCGAUUGCCGUCGGAGCGGUGAAAUCACGCGAGGCUUCUCGAAACCGCUCCGGAACUCCUAGCCCACGCGUUCCGCGACCGCGCUCCGAAGAAAUCCCCCUCGAAGACUUUCGCCGCUCGCAGAACGCAAGUCCAAGCUCUCGGAACUCUUCCAACGCACCGUCCCGGUCCCACACACCCUCUCGGCUCAGCCUGGAACCGACCGGCGGUGGUUCCGGAACGCCCGGCUACAGCGGGACACCCAUCGGUGGCGGCGGCAUGAUGACGAUCGUCCCCGUGAAGGAAUCGUCCGUGCCGACGGUGGUCGCUCUGGGCAGCAGUCCGGCCACGGUAACCGUACCGGUCGAGUUGAGUCCCACCAACUCGGAGGAAACUUCGUUCAUCGCGGGUGAAGAGCGCCAGAAGAAACGGGGCGCGAUCGAAACUGUCUGAAAUGUGCAUCACGCUCCCCCCAUCCGAAUCCAUCAGGUUCGUUUCAAUGUUGUAGGUCAAUUGUUUUUGUUUUACGUUCAGGUCAGGACUCAUUGAAAAUUUUAUCGCUGUAGAUGUAGAUCAGUUAAAUUUAUUUAGUGGAAUAAAUUAUUGUGGACGGUGUA